UCCGCGCUCGCAGAUGUUGUCGAGGAGGUGGGCCGACAAGCUUAACGAGCUGAUGCCGCUCAAAGGCAAGGCCCAGUGGUACCGGUGUGUCGGCGGAUCGCAUACGCCGUGGUGCUAUCCGGACGACGACGAUGAGGAUGAGGAUGAGAUCUGGGUCGACGUCCUGCACACGCUGCCACAGCCCGAACACGAGGAAGAAGCUAGCGCGGAGGAGUACGAAGCCGAGUACGGGGAGUACAAUGAGGAGGAUGGUGAUGGUGCCGAAGAAGACCUGGAGUUCUAUGAAGACGAUCAGGAACUAUCGCAAGUGGUGGAUUACGCUGAAGGGGAGGAAUAUCUCGAGGAAGGAGAAGAGUACCUCGAGGGCGAUACGGAGUACCUUGAGGAGGGGGUGAUGGGCCAUACAGACCACGACGAGGGGGCCAUGUUGGGCGGCGAUGGUGAAGUUGUCGUGUACGAUGAGCAAGGCGCGGUGGACUUCGAAGACGACGACUCUGACACUGUUCGUGGUGACGAAGACGCCGACGCACGCACCGAUAAUGAUGGUGGCAACGCUGUUGCUACUGUCGGCAAUACCGACGACCGCGAUGCCACCUCGAGCGUGGCCGACGUCCAUUCCGAAGGGGUUGACGGCGUGGCCUCAUAUGGCGGCGAAGAGCUCCGUUCUGAAGUGAGCCCCGCGGGCGCUGCAAAAGAUGCGUCGCAAUACCUAUUCGAGAAACGGCUGUCCUGUGUCACCUUUCCGCAUACAUACCUGGAAUCCUCCCACUGACGCCUGUUGUUUCAUCGCUUUCUCCCAUAGCUAUGCUCUUCAAAUUGCUCGAAUGCUGUUAUACGUCGCAACCCCGGGAUCAAUCUCGUAGUCUUGUGUAAUAUCAACGCUGUUAUAAGUAUGUAUGUAUUAGCGUCAUAAAUCGAUCCCAGUCUACGUGCAUCAUUCCACAGCUGUUGCGACUUAGGAUUUCUGGGCUUCUUGCAGUAAUGCACACCCGAGUCUGACCGGCGUGCAACGUUCCGAUAACUUCGGAUGUAGCCACAGAAAGCCACAAACGCGUCUGUGGCUGAGAAUCACUCCCCCGGAUCCAAUUAAU